AUUAAUAACAAUAUUUGCUAUUAAUUGUUCAAUUGUAAGUCAUUUGUCAAUUUAUUUAGUGUCAACGGUUAAUUUGUCAACAAUCCAAAAUGAAACAAUUUUUUAUCCUCUGUGUUUUUGCAUUCGCAUCAGCUUCAGCUUUUGUAAUUCCAAGUUUAACUCUUGAUCCACUUCAGCAAAUUAAAAGAAUUGUUCCAGAAAUUUUCAAUUUAACUGAUUUAAGAGUUGACUUAGACGAUAUUAAAAGCAGUAUUUCACCUGGAAAAUGUCCCGAAGCCACUGAACUUCCAGAGCCAUUCAAACUUAACUCGUUCCUCGGUACUUGGUAUGAAAUUAAGCGAACCGGUCAAAUUUUUGAGAACGGUCUCCGUUGUGUCCAAGCCAAUUACAAGCUAGACCAAGCAGCUGGCAACGUUAUUGUUAACAACAGUGGUGUCAAUCCUAAAGGCAAACCAGUUGCCACUAUUGGUACUGCAGCCACAACUGACAAGUCCAACGUCUUUGCUGUUAAAUUUUUCCCACUCUCUCCUUCAGCUCAAUAUUGGGUUGUUGACACUGAUUACACUGGCUACAGUUUGGUUGUUUCUUGCAAUAAUGUCUUUGGAUUUUUCAACAUCAAUGAUGCUUGGAUACUUUCAAGGAAGCCAUCUCUAGAUAAUGAGAUAAUUCAAAAACUGGAAGCCAAAGUAAUUGAACUUGGAUUUACCAAACUUCGAUUUACUGACACACCACAAGAUUGCUAAUUUACCUCCUGCAGUCAAAUUAUUUUAAAUAUCAUACUAUUGACUUAUUUGAUAUGAAAAUUAUCUGUACUCAAGAUGUAUUGAGACCAAGUAAAAUCCGUUAGAUUCAAUUUUUGUUUUCAUCAAUAAAUGUAAACAAAUUGUUUAAUAGCAUAAA